AUGGAGAAGUUCCAGGCUGCGAUGGUUUUGGGUGGCGUAGGAGACGCCCUGGGAUACCGUAAAGGCCGAUGGGAAGGCUGCACAUCUGGGAAACAGAUUCAGGAGGAGCUCGCCAGCCUUGGUGGACUGGCGGCUCUUAAACUGGACCCCGAAAACUGGCCCUUGAGUGACGGGGUCCUGAUGCAUAUGACCACUGCUGAGGCGCUCAUCACAGAUUACUGGUGUAUGGAGGAUCUGUACAGAGAACUGGUGAGGCUUUAUGUGGAAGCCAUGGUCUUGCUCCAAGGACGUGCCCCUGAUCCCAGCACUGUGGAGGGCUGUGCACACCUCAAACCAAACAACUUUCUCCUGGCAUGGCAUACGCCUUUCAAUGAAAAAGGAUCUGGCUGUGGUGCAGCCACGAAGGCCAUGUGUGUUGGCAUGCGGUACUGGCGGCCUGACAGAUUGGAGAGCCUGAUAGAAGUGAGCAUAGAAACAGGCCGGAUGACCCACAAUCACCCCAUAGGAUUUCUGGGGUCUCUCUGCACCGCCCUUUUUGCCUCUUACGCCCUGCAGGGCAAGCCAGUGGUCAGCUGGGGUAGAGAGCUCGUGAAGAUCAUUCCCAAAGCGGAGGAGUAUUGUAAGAAAACCAUCCGGCACAUGGCAGAGUACCAGGAGAAGUGGUUUUACUUUGAGGCUAAGUGGCAGUUCUAUCUAGAGGAGCGAGGCAUCGCGGAGGAAGGCCAAAACAAACCCGUGUUCCCUGACAAAUAUGACGCCGAGGAGAGAGACAAAGCGUACAAGCACUGGAGUUCAGAAGGUCAAGCAGGGCACAGAGGUCAUGAUGCCCCAAUGAUUGCCUAUGAUGCUCUCCUGGCCUCAGGAUCUGACUGGAUAGAAUUAUGUAAAAGGGCCAUGUUUCACGGAGGUGUAAGCAGUGCCACAGGUCUGAUAGCAGGCUGUCUGUACGGUCUAAUGCACGGACUGGGUCAAGUGCCUGCCGGACUGUACCAGAACCUGGACAAGAGGGAGCGCCUGGAGGAGCUAGGGGCCAAAUUAUACAAAGCAGCUGCAGAGAAGUAA